GUGGCCUGCGGGGGCGGCUCCCCAGGGCGCGCAAGCCUGGAAACCCGGCAGCGCCACUGCUCAGAACCAGGAGAAGCGUCGCUACCGUCGCCACCCACGGUCCCUUCAGCCAUGCCGAAGCACGAGUUCUCUGUAGACAUGACUUGUGAAGGCUGCUCUAAUGCAGUCACUCGGGUCCUCAACAAGCUAGGAGGUAUUCAGUUUGAGAUCGACCUGCCCAACAAGAAGGUUUGCAUCGACUCUGAGCACAGCGUGGAUGCUCUGCUGGAGACCCUGAAGAAAACAGGGAAGACUGUUACCUACGUCGGCCCCAAAUAGCGAGGGCCUGGACCUCCGGCCCGCAGGAUGGACCAAAGUGGGCAGGCCUCUGAUCCUCUCCUGCCCUCCAGACAGAUGGGUACCUGGCAAUCCUGCUCAACGUUGGCAGUUUCUGCAGAGACCCCUCACUUGCCCUGCUCCUCCUUAGCUUUCCUGCAAUAAAGUCGAACUGCUUUUGUUG